UAAACAACAACAGCUGUUUUAUUUGGCGCCACUUCAAAUCAAAAAGAGCGCUCACGAAUUUGUUCAAUUGAAAUGUGAAAAAUAUUACUUAUUAGUGUUAUAAGCAAAAAUUUGAAAUGGAUUAUGAAGUAAAUGCGAGUUUACGGGUUGUAUUUCAGGCCAUAGAGGAGAGAUGUAGCAGACCCGUGCUCUUCGAUAGGUUUGAAUUACAAAUGUUGUUAGAAAGUUUAAAACCACUGGAACAGUUACUGGUUGCAAGAUAUUUUUGUAAACUACCAUGGAAUAUAGGAAGUUUGCGAGUUUUGGCUAUACUACAAUCGUCUAAUAUACUCACCGCAAGUAAUUACAUAUUGAGUCUGGAGAACGAUGAAGAAAUACAAUUGAUACUAAAUGAUUUUCUCGAAGCAGAAUUUGAAUUACUGAAAGAGCUGUACACUGUGGCGUAUUAUGAUAGCAGCAAUGCAAUUAGCUUAAAUGACGCUCUUGAUGAGUGUCUUUCCAGACUGUAUACAGAUUUAAUACAGAAUCCGAAAAUAAAUGAUUUGACAUACAUUAAUGGUAUUACGAAAAAUAUGCCCCCGGAUUUUAUACUCAAUUUGAUGCAGCGGCACAUUCGUAUUGCUUUAGAUUUACAUAAAAGCAAUGCGAAAAAAGCUUUUGGUAAUUUUUCAAACUGGAUCAAUGAAGGCGUAGAUGAAAUUCAAUUCACUAAAGAAUUAUAUGAAAAAUUACUUAAGCAUUCAGAGCAGGAAGCGAUUUCCUAUCUUUUUAAGCUGUCUUCUCUGGAACACUUUAAUCAGUGGAAGUUCUAUUUAAUUCUACUACAGACACUCACAAGUAAAUGUAGUGACGAAAAUGGCGCAUUCAUACGAAAAUAUCUCAAAACACGUCUAACUCAAAUAUCAGCACUUCCAAAACGCGAGUAUAUGCUUCAUUUGUUACUAUCCGUUCGAGCUGCAACUGCAACAACGAUGGACAUUGAUAAGAAUAUUACUGCAUAUGCUGACUGGUAUAAACGAAAUGUUGCUGACAUGAAAUUCGUUUUAAAAGUGGAGGAAUUCAAGGCUAUAAUAGAUCUUUUGGAACAGUGUAUACCUUAUGAAUCAUUAGAGGAUUAUUUAGAGAUUCAUGCUACUUUCUCGAUAUCGCCACCUAUACAUUGUGGCAAACUAGUACAAAGUUACAAGAGCAAAUGUAAAAUGCAGUUGGCUAAGAUAAAGUCAAAGGCCAAACAGGGUAAUGAACACGAAGAGAGCAUAGUCAUUGAUGAUUGAAAUUAAAUAAAUUUACUUUUUCAAAUGCAAGUACGUAUUACUUCAACAAACAAA